AUGGCAUUUGCUAGAGAUGUCUUUCCCUGGCGCGGUCCGCAUGCCCCCGUUCGACUGGCGGAUGCCCGAAGUGCGAUUCCGAUGCCGAUGGCACGUGGAUGGAUGCCACUUUCAGGAAGGAGGCCCUCAAGGCACUUCGCUCCAACUCAGAGGGCUUCCUACGAUGACCUCUCGUGGGGGCAGGUAGCCGCGUCCGUGCUCGCAGGCAUUGCAUGCGCGGCAGUGUCCGAGUCAAAGGUGAGGCAUCCUUCAGAGAGCCAGGACUCAAGUUGGCGGGAGUUCCGUGCGCGACUGGUGCAGAAGGAGCAGGCGGAGAGCGGCAAGGACAUGCUGCAGAGUGAGGAUGCUGGUUGGCUGCAUUCCACAACGCUCAUCGAGAAGGGUUCCGUGCUGAUAUCACGUAGCGGGGACCAGUUCACCUUGGAUCAGCAAUACUUUCUGCACUCAAUCAUCCUCAUCUUGAAGAGGGAUCAAGGUGGGGAUGUCGGUGUGAUCUUGAACCGCCCAUCGGAAUGGAGCGUGGAAGACCUGGGUGUGCAACGACCCAAUGCCCUGAAGGAAGCGGAGCUACAGCUGAGGAAACUUCUGGCGAGCCUUGCUAACUUGGGUGGGCCACGUGUCGAGGAGCAGCCAUGGAAAGUCUCCUACGGUGGGCCCCUGCAUUCCGCACGGGAUGCAGAGCGUGGGCAGCCGACACUGCUGUGUCUGUACCGUUGUGACGGUGACAGCGACCAGGGAGAGGAGAUCAUCCCUGGCCUCCGUUGGCUGCCCUUCAGCCGCGCAAGGGAGAUGGUGGCAGCAGGCGCCAGGCAGGAGGACUUCCUAGUCCUCUCGGGCUACUGCGGCUGGCACCGUGGUCAGUUGCAAGAGGAGCUGGACGCUGGCAGCAGCUGGUUGCUCGCUGCAGCGGAUCACCAAGCUCUUUUUGGCCGAAAGGGAUUGCUCAGCGCCAACCGAAACCUGGGCCUCAGCCGGUGGAAGAAGUUGCACGAGAAGUUCCUUGACUUUGCCUCCAUCGAGAGCCACGAUGACACGACCUCCGAGGCGGCGCUCAAGCGAUGGAUGGCAGACCUCGCACCGAGGCACCUAAACCCAUCAAACCCUUCACUCAGGGCGUGCUCUGAGCGCCGUCUCCCGGCGAUCAUGGCGGGAAGUCUCCUCCGCGGUUCAGCUUCGCAUUGGAUUCUUGGGGGUCCAACUGAGCUGAGACCUUCAAAGUCCGGCACCAGCAGUAGCCAGCCACCAGCACAGUACCUGCACAAGAGCGUGCUCCUGGUUCUGACCGACAUCACGCCGGAUCAACCCUCUGUACUGGUGCUUCUCACGGGGCCGAAGAUUGGAGAGCUACCAAAGGGCAAAGGGGACGUUUUCUUCGGAGGGUGGGCGCAGCCCAGAAAGACGCAUGAAGUUCUUCAAGUACCUGGUGGCUACAUCUGGGGCCAGUUGACCUUUGCCCCCGGCAUCUUACAGGAGCUCCUGGAUUUGGGUGCAGUGGAAGAGGCAUAUGGGUCGACUCUGCGCGAGGUUCUCGAAGCUCCCCCGGCACUUCGCUGGGCCACUGCAGGAGGAUGCCUCGACAGCAUCAAUGAAGCGUCAGCGGCUUUGCUAGGGAAUGCUCAGCAGAAGCAGUGGUAUCGACACUACCUGGGCAUAGCUGUCGAAGAGCUCCGUGAUUGA